GAUGGUUAUUUUCUCAAUUCUUCCCUAGCCCUGAGUCACUGAAUGGGUGUUGCCGCAAACAAACGGAGUCUUGACGAAACUUCAGUGAUUCUGGAAGAGAUAUUAAGGCUGAUGACAUCACCCUUGUGAUGUGUAGCCACUGGUCCGGAUGGCGUCCUAUUCUGAUUUGUACCGGACCCCAGCCAAAAGGCUCGAUGCCUUUGUGGCUCAGAAGCUCCAGCCAGAUGUGGAGUGGAAGAAGGAGAUCAAGGAUGUCUUUAAGAGGGUGCAGCAGUUCCUGAGGGAACAGUGCUUCCACACACCGAUUUUCCUGGAUCGGGAGGUCGAGGUGAAGAAGGUGUUCAAGGGAGGCUCCGUUGGGAAGGGAACAAUCCUAAACCAUGGCUCUGAUGUGGACCUGGUCAUUUUCCUGAGCUGCUUCUCCAGCUUCCAAGAGCAGAAGAAGCUCCGAGGUCACAUCAUCACCCACAUAGAGGAGAGGCUCACCAGGUGUCGGAAGAGCCUGGCCUUUGACGUUCAGGCCAUCACUACGGCACAGACAUGGCGUUGGGGCGCGGGUCCUCGAUCUCUGUCCUUCUACAUCCAGGCGAGGAAGAGUAGUAAGCGUAUUAAAGUGAAUGUGCUUCCAGCCUUUGAUGCCAUAGGAAAUCUUGCCCGCAAUGAGAAGCCAUCCCCAGAGGUCUAUGAAAAUCUAAUAAAGAGCCAAAGCAAGCCUGGCGAGUUCUCUUCCUCCCUCUCUGAAUUACAGAGGAAUUUUUUUAAGCCUUUACCAGUCAAGCUGAAGAACCUACUUCGGCUGGUGAAACACUGGUACCUUAAGAAAGUGAAAGCUAAGUGCCACCGAGUCUUUCUACCCCCCAAAUAUGCCCUGGAGCUACUGACCGUCUAUGCUUGGGAGAUGGGGACUCAAAGAUCCGAGUACUUCAGAACUGAGGAAGGCUUUGUAACUGUGAUGAAGCUGCUCCAGGAUUAUGAGAACAUAUGCAUCUAUUGGACCACAAAUUAUAAUUUUGAAAAUGCCAUCGUUCGAGACUUUGUGAAAAACAAACUGAAGAAAAAUAGACCCAUUAUUUUGGAUCCAGCUGACCCUACUAAUAAUGUGGGAGAGGGCAGGAGAUGGGAUGUGUUGGCCCAGGAGGCUGCCCACUGCCUGAAACGGGACUGCUGCUAUGAUGAAAAUGAUGAAGAAAUCCAAAGCUGGGAUGUCCAGGGAGCCAGAAAUGUUAAGGUGAUCCUGAGACAGUCUGAUUGGAAAAAUUGGACACUCUGGGUGAAUCCCUAUGACCUGAUUAGUAGGAUGAAAAUAAAAAUCAGACAGGAGCUAAAGCUCACAGGUCAGCUGCGUCUCUCCUUCCAAGAUCCCAGUGGUGAAAGGCAACUCCUCAGAGGGAGAGAUACAUUAGCCCAAUAUGGGAUCUUCUAUCAAAUUGUUGUCUAUCUACUGGAAACCUUCUGGCCUGAGAUCCAGAUCUUUGUUAAAGGGCCCAACAACCACUGCAAGAUUUAUGCUGUUGACCCUGAUGAUUGCAUCCAGGAUCUGAAGGAGAAGAUUGAAGAGGCAGAGGGGUUUCCAGUAGAGUCCCAACUCCUAGAAUUCCAAGGCCAAAGACUUUACGAUUAUAAGACUCUCAGAAACUAUGGGAUCCAGGACAGUGACACCAUCAUCAUGAGUAACUGCUGACCUCUGAAGAGCUGAGAAAAGUAAUUGUUUCUCUCAUAUUAAUAAUUCAUUGUUGAAAUCAGGACCAGGAUUUUUUACCUUCUCAUUUAGAAACUAGAAACUUGUUGGUUUUUCUGUUGCUGAAGGAUAUUGUUAAUGGAUGAGCUUGCCCACACCCCCAUCAUACAUGCUUUUUGGUCUUGGAUAGGAGAUUUCAUCCCACUAGAAAACCUUACAAAGUAUUUACUCUAAGGUGAAUUUUAGCCCCUUUUGUUCCACUCAGGAAAGAGCUGGUGGGGGGUACAUCUUUUGUCUAGAUUAUCUGAGAUUGGGAAUGAUCUGGGAGCAAGAGUGAUCAAAGUCACAUCUGGCAGCCCCUCAUUAGAAUAAGUACAUCUCUCAUUAAUUGUUAACCAAUCAAAAUUUAUUGUUGCCAGUUGGAAACACCACUCUUCCAAAGGCAUAUGCAUAAUGAAAGACCUGCGUGAAUGGUCUUUUGGUAUUCAAGAGUGCUACUGACUGCUUUUAUUAAUUAUCCUCAAACAAUAAUUAAUAAAGUAACUGAUUACCCAGAAACUCUGUCUCAAAUUUUUUACACAUCACAAAACAUUGACUUCUGUGGGAUAUACUUCAGGAGAAGACCUAUUCAUAUAAGCAUAAUGUUGUUUAUUUCUCUUGACUUCACAUAAAAAGAUGUACCUGGGCAAGCCCAAAGAAUCCCAGGGAUAGCUAUAGAGAAGGAAACAAGUCAUCUUCUCACUAUUAUUCUAAUAAUAACUAUUAUUAUAUUAUUUCAUAUUAUUAAUAAGAGUUAAUAAUAUUCUAAUAAUAUCAGGCAAGAACUUCAUGCAGUUGUGGAAACUUGAAGAAAACUUUAUCGUAUAGUAUGAACCCAACCCUAUAUGACUGGGAAGUUAGACUAGUUCUAUAUGUUGAUUAGGGAGCCUUAAAUAAGGACUUAGAUUAUGCUGAUCAAAAACCUGGUCAAAUCCAAAGACUGAUGGAAGAAGAUUUUCAUAAUUAUACAUCUCAAGCAACCCAUGUGCCUUAUCUUAAAUUUGGUCCUGCUCUGGUUAAUCAAUUAUUGUUUCCAUGUUCUUUUGAUUGAAUAUAUAUAUAUAUUUGGGGGGAAUGGGGGACCUCUUUUUCUGAUUUCAGGAAAUUGUACCUGUUUGCACUUUCCCUCCCAACUUGGAAAAUCCUUAAUCUUUCCUCCAAUUAAAAAUCAGAUUAACUAAUUUCCCGUUAAUUGUUUUCUUUUAAUCAAUUUGUAUUAUUUGAUUGUUUUUAAUGCAUAAAUAUCUGUCUCCUCUAUAUUUGGGGUCCAGUGCCAAAACUGAGGAGGCUUGAUCCCAAUUUGUUAUGCAAUUAGAAAGCAUUGCUUAAUAAAGUCAUCUGCUUGGAAGUUUAAA